CGGCGGGAUGUGCUCUUGCUGCAAGGCUCGCGCGGUCUUCUAUGCGACCCAAGGUCCUCCUCUUGGAGGCUGGACGGCGCAACAAUGACAAAGACCUGAAGGUCGAUGGCCAAAGAUGGACGACCUUUAUGAACGGUGACCUGAACUGGGGCUACAAGACCACCCCUCAAGAGCAAUGUCACGGACGUCAGAUCGACUACUCCCGCGGAAAGGUCCUGGGCGGUAGCAGUGCCAUCAACUUCGGUGUGUAUACUGUAGGUGCCCGUGAUGACUACAACCAGUGGGCAUCUGCGGUCGGCGAUGACUUCUUCAAAUGGGAGCGCAUGCAGCCGCGAUUCAAGAGCCUGGAAUCUUUCAGCGGCGCUAUCGCUGAUGCUAAGAAUGCUAAAUACGCGACCCCUAAUGCAUUUGACCAUGGAUCUCGCGGUGGCUUGAAGCUGGGAUAUGCCGCCGAGUGGGAGCAGGACUUGCCUCUUGUGAUGGAUGCGUUCGAACAGGCGGGUCUUCCUCGAAACCCGGAUCAGAACUCAGGCGAUCCUCUGGGGAUGGCCCUCGUUAUCAACUCUUCUCAUAACGGUCAGAGAGUCACUGCUAGUGACCUCUUACUCGGCGCCCCUGACAAUCUCACUGUCAUUACUGAGGCGCCGAUUCAGCGAGUUGUUCUCGAUGGCAAGAAGGUCAUCGGUGUGGAGUCCAGGGGAAAGAAAUAUCUCGCAUCUAAGGAGGUUGUAUUGACCACUGGCUCUUUGGAUACUCCCAAGAUCCUGAUGCAUUCGGGUAUUGGGCCUGCACAGGAGCUCCAGAAGUUCCAGAUUCCUGUGAUUCACGAUGUGCCCGCUCUUGGUAAAGGUCUUCGCGAUCACUUCUUUGCGCCCUUGUGCUUCCAGCGCAAACCGGAAACAAAUGACCGCAACGCCUUCUUCGGCAACAAGGCCGCCAUGGACUCUGCCAUGGAACAAUGGAGAAAAGACGGCACGGGGCCCUGGGCCAAGCAUUCCUGCCAGAUUGCAGCUGGAUGGUUCAAGUCGGACCGCGUCACAUCUUCGGCCGAGUUUAAGGCCCUCCCUCCGGCAGUCCAGGAUUUCAUGAAGCGUGAAACCGUGCCCCAGUAUGAAUUCUUAUCGCAUUUCCCUCUCCACCUCCUCGACCCCGACUUCACGAAAGACUACAGCUACGUCUGCACGCUGGUGUUCUUGAUGAACGAGCAGUCUAGCGGCGAAGUUACGCUGCAGUCAUCCGACCCCGACGUGCCUCUUCUCUUCGACCCGAAGGUCCUUUCCCACCCAUUUGACCGGCGCGCAUGCAUUGAAAUUUACCGCCAGGCGAUGGAGGUGUGCAACCACGAGGCGUUCAAGAAGGACAAUGUUUCCACAUUGAUUGCGCCCGCCUCAGACUCAGACGAGGACAUCUUGGAACACUGGAGGAACACUAUGGGCUCUAGCUGGCAUAUGACCGGCACAGCCAAGAUGGGCAAGCCCGGCGACGCUGAUGCGGUGGUGGACCCUAAAUUCCGGGUCAUUGGCAUCGAGAACCUGCGUAUCGGUGACAUGAGUGUGGUGCCGGUCUUGACGAACAAUCACACUCAGGCAACCGCUUAUGUGACUGGUGUGACGUGUGCGGAUGCCUUGAUUGCCGACUAUGACCUCGAUAUUCAAGCCCGGCUGUGAGCGAAAUUUUUCUUUCUUCUGAAUGUUUGGACAGGUUUUU